CUAGUAUGGGACAAACCUAUGAAGGAAAAUAUGCACGAUUUUGAUGGUGAUGAUAGGUUUUUGAUCCGGAGGCACAGCCAAGGUGGUGAUGCAUCGUCAUCAUCACAUGCUUGAGUCAGAUCACAAUCAGUUCGUCAAACGCCUCUUUCAGUUUUCGAUUUCUCAGUUGUCGAUAUCCCGGUAAUUUAACUGAAACAUCAAGGGUGGUCCGGUCCAGAAGCACCAAAAAUAUCCCUCUCUCUAACGGAAGUAAUGGGAAGAUUAUUGGGAGGAGCGACCCAAAUUCUGAGCAAAUCGUCGUCCGCUUUCUUCUUCCUCAAUCCAAAUUCGAACCUCUCUCUUUACAAACCCUCCAAAUCCCCUCGCCUCCUCGCCUCCUCCGCACCUUCGGGAUCAUGGCCUCCGCCGACGCGUUCGUCAAGGGCAGCGUCCACCCAAUUGGCGUCGCCGUCAUCACCCUCGGUCGCCCCCCGAGCUCUCAACGCCAAGAACCUAGGAAAGGACAUUAAAGUGGUUAUUGCCGAAAUUCAAAAGGACAAAAACACACCUCUUGUGUUUAAGGUAUUCACUGCUGAGUAUUCUCUAAUAUGCAAAAUCUCUGAGUACAAGAAGCCCUAUAUAAGCUUCAUGGAUGGCAUAACAAUGGGCUUUGGUGUUGGCCUAUCAGGUCACUGUCGCUACCGGAUCAUUAGAGAGAGGACUGUUCUUGCUAAUGCCAGAGAAUGUAAUUUGUUUGUUCCGAGAUGGUGGGUUUUCGCGUAUAGCAGCAAAGAGUCCAGGAGGAGGAUCUGUAGGAUUUCAACACCAUCGGAUGCACUGUAUGUGGGUCUUGGGACCCAUUUUGUCCCAUCUCAAAACUUGGCUAUUUGUGCCAAAGAAUCAAGGUGGAGAGGUGGAGAGCUUCAAGUUGAUUCGGUGAUGCAUGUUGCAAGCAUCAUAAGGAGGACACAAUGUUUCAAUCCAGACACGGGUACAUUAGCCCCGAGUCCUUCGGAUACCUGGAUCUACUACAAAGUUUGAGAAGUGGUGAUUGUUCCUAACUGUACAUUUUUCUUCUUUGGUACUGCCUGAUUGUGUUUUAUUUACUCCUGUUUCUUCCCCGGAUUUACAUAAAGCUAAUGUUACAAACUAGGCAACUAAAGCGGCUAUUUCCAAAUGCAGCUGUUUCUUCUUCUCUGAAUCGCUCGUUAAUGAAAAAUAACUAAUCUAGCUUAAAAUUUGCAUCGAGUUUCUUCUUAUCUUCCUCUUCUCUGUAUCUCUCAACUUUUCGCCCCCUUUUGUCAACCAACUUCGAUAUUUCUUCUUUUCUACAUUCGUUUGUCCUUGAUAAUUUCUUGAGGUGCCUCCAAAUACUGAAGACGGUUGUGAAAAGGUAACUGCUGACUGCUGUAUGUUCUCCCAGUAGAAAAACACAUUAUCGCAAUCGUUGUCAACCGCCUCUGUCUGCUUGGAACCAUGUGAGACAGUCCCCUCCCCUGAGCACUACACCGGCGAACCAAAAUUUGCAACCGGAAACACCAAGCUCGAGAAACAGGACGUGAGAUAAGAACAACACUGCAAGAGCCAUGAAGAGAGACUCAAUACGUUGUAAGAAAUCCAAACUUUGUCUUUUUAUUUCCUUGUCUACAGUGCUAAGUAGUGUCGGAACUGUAACGGAACCCAACACAUACUCUAUGCCCGGAAUCGUAAGGGUAAAUGUGAUUGUUUCGUCAAGAAAAUGAACAAAAAGUGGAACUUGUCGUGUCAGGGUUGGCGAAAAUUGCCUCUUCACUUGUUACAUAAUUAAAGUCGUGCAUAAUCUUUCAACU